CUCCCAGACCUGGAUAUUUUUUUGAUAUCGUGAAACUACGAGGGAAAUAAUCGCGGGGAUUUCUCCUGGGCGCCCUGCUCCCUGGCCCGUGGACAUGCCUUCCGUCUGGGGAGCCCGGGCACCCCGUCCUAGGCGAGUCAAGCCCCUCAGCCGCGAGGCAGCGAAAUGAAGGGGAAUUCUGCGGUGGAAUGAGAGCCGUCCAGCUAGGUCCUCGCAUCUGCCAUUUGUCCUCUCGAACUGCAUUGUAAUCCCGGGCAGGAUAAACCAGACGGAGAGACGAGCAGCCUCCUGGCCGGAUUUCUCCGCCCGCAUUUACUUUCCAGAUUUUCUUUUCUUUGCCCUCCUGCUUGGUGGCUGGCUCAGGGAUGACUUCCUCGCUGCAGCGGCCCCGUCGGGUGCCUUGGCUGCUCUGGGCCGCCCUGCUGGUCGGCACGACGGCUGCUUCUCAGAAUCAGGAACGGCUGUGCGCAUUUAAAGAUCCAUACCAGCAAGACCUUGGGAUAGGUGAGAGUCGAAUCUCUCAUGAAAAUGGGACAAUAUUGUGCUCCAAAGGGAGCACAUGUUAUGGUCUGUGGGAGAAGUCAAAAGGGGACAUCAAUCUUGUGAAACAAGGAUGUUGGUCUCACAUUGGUGAUCCCCAAGAGUGUCACUAUGAAGAAUGCGUAGUAACUACCACCCCGCCCUCAAUCCAGAAUGGAACAUACCGUUUCUGCUGCUGUAGUACAGAUUUAUGUAAUGUCAACUUCACUGAGAAUUUUCCACCUCCUGAUACAACACCCCUUAGUCCACCUCAUUCACUUAAUCGAGAUGAAACAGUAAUCAUUGCUUUGGCAUCAGUUUCUGUAUUAGCUGUUUUGAUAGUGGCCUUAUGUUUUGGAUACAGAAUGUUGACAGGAGACCGAAAACAAGGUCUUCACAGUAUGAACAUGAUGGAAGCGGCAGCAUCAGAGCCCUCUCUUGACUUGGAUAACCUGAAGCUGUUGGAGCUGAUUGGACGGGGUCGAUAUGGAGCAGUAUAUAAAGGUUCCUUGGAUGAGCGUCCAGUUGCUGUAAAAGUAUUUUCUUUUGCAAACCGUCAGAAUUUUAUAAAUGAAAAAAACAUUUACAGAGUGCCUUUGAUGGAACAUGACAACAUUGCUCGCUUUAUUGUUGGAGACGAGAGGCUCACUGCAGAUGGACGCAUGGAGUAUUUGCUAGUGAUGGAGUAUUACCCCAAUGGAUCUCUGUGCAAAUAUCUGAGUCUCCACACAAGUGACUGGGUGAGCUCUUGCCGUCUGGCUCAUUCUGUGACCAGAGGACUGGCUUAUCUUCACACAGAAUUACCACGGGGAGAUCAUUAUAAACCUGCAAUUUCCCAUCGAGACUUAAACAGCAGAAACGUCCUGGUCAAAAAUGAUGGCACGUGUGUUAUUAGUGACUUUGGCUUGUCCAUGAGGCUGACAGGAAAUAGGCUGGUGCGCCCAGGGGAGGAAGAUAACGCGGCUAUCAGUGAGGUUGGCACAAUUCGCUAUAUGGCACCAGAAGUGCUGGAAGGAGCUGUGAACCUGAGGGACUGUGAGUCAGCCCUGAAGCAGGUAGACAUGUAUGCGCUUGGACUCAUCUACUGGGAGGUGUUCAUGAGAUGUACAGACCUCUUCCCUGGUGAGUCUGUACCAGAGUACCAGAUGGCAUUUCAGACAGAGGUUGGGAACCACCCCACGUUUGAGGACAUGCAGGUUCUUGUGUCGAGAGAGAAGCAGAGGCCCAAGUUCCCAGAGGCCUGGAAAGAAAACAGCUUGGCAGUGAGGUCACUCAAGGAAACAAUUGAAGACUGUUGGGACCAGGAUGCAGAGGCCCGGCUUACUGCACAGUGUGCUGAGGAGAGAAUGGCUGAACUUAUGAUGAUCUGGGAAAGGAACAAAUCAGUGAGCCCAACAGUCAAUCCAAUGUCUACUGCUAUGCAGAAUGAACGCAACCUGUCACACAAUAGGCGUGUGCCAAAAAUUGGGCCUUACCCGGAUUAUUCUUCUUCCUCAUAUAUUGAAGACUCCAUCCAUCACACUGACAGCAUUGUGAAGAAUAUUUCCUCUGAGCAUUCGAUGUCUAGCACCCCUUUGACUAUAGGAGAAAAGAACCGAAAUUCAAUUAACUAUGAACGACAGCAAGCACAAGCUCGAGUCCCCAGCCCCGAAACGAGUGUCACCAGCCUGUCCACAAACACAACCACCACAAACACCACUGGCCUCACCCCAAGUACCGGCAUGACCACUAUAUCUGAGGUGCCAUACCCGGAUGAAACAAAUCUGCAUGCCACCAAUGUCGCACAGUCAAUCGGGCCAACCCCCGUCUGCUUACAGCUGACGGAAGAAGACUUGGAGACUAAUAAGCUAGACCCGAAAGAAGUUGAUAAGAACCUCAAGGAGAGCUCCGACGAGAAUCUCAUGGAGCAUUCUCUGAAACAGUUCAGUGGGCCAGACCCCCUGAGCAGUACCAGUUCCAGCCUGCUUUACCCACUAAUAAAGCUUGCAGUGGAGGUGACUGGACAGCAGGACUUCACACAGGCUGCCAACGGUCAGGCAUGUUUAAUUCCUGACGUUCCACCUGCUCAAAUCUAUCCUCUCCCUAAGCAACAGAACCUUCCUAAGAGACCUACUAGUUUGCCUUUGAACACCAAAAAUUCAACAAAAGAACCCCGGCUAAAAUUUGGCAACAAGCACAAAUCAAACUUGAAGCAAGUAGAAACUGGAGUUGCCAAGAUGAAUACAAUCAAUGCAGCAGAACCUCACGUGGCGACAGUCACUAUGAAUGGUGUGGCCGGUAGAAGCCACAGUGUUAAUUCCCAUGCUGCCACAACCCAGUAUGCCAAUGGGGCAGUGCCAACUGGCCAGGCAGCCAACAUGGUGGCUCAUAGGGCCCAAGAAAUGCUGCAGAAUCAAUUCAUUGGUGAAGAUACCCGUCUGAAUAUCAAUUCCAGCCCUGAUGAGCAUGAACCUCUACUAAGACGAGAGCAACAAGCUGGCCGUGAUGAAGGGGUUCUGGAUCGCUUGGUAGACAGGAGGGAGCGGCCAUUAGAAGGUGGCCGAACUAAUUCCAAUAACAACAACAGCAAUCCAUCUUCAGAACAAGAUGUACUUACACAAGGUGUUACAAGCACAGUUGCAGAUCCUGGGCCGUCAAAGCCCAGAAGAGCACAGAGGCCCAAUUCUCUGGAUCUCUCAGCCACAAAUAUUCUGGACGGCAGCAGUAUACAGAUAGGUGAUUCGACACACGAUGGCAAAUCAGGAUCAGGUGAAAAGAUCAAGAAACGUGUGAAAACUCCGUAUUCACUAAAGCGGUGGCGCCCAUCCACCUGGGUCAUCUCCACUGAACCUCUGGACUGUGAGGUCAACAACAAUGGCAGUGACAGGGCAGUUCAUUCUAAGUCUAGCACUGCUGUGUACCUUGCUGAGGGAGGCGCUGCCACAACCAUGGUGUCUAAAGAUAUAGGGAUGAAUUGUCUGUGACAUGUUUUCAAGCUUAUGGAGUGAAAUUAUUUUUUUGCAUCAUUUAAACAUGCAGAAGACAUUAAAAAAAAAAAAAAAACUGCUUUAACCUCCUGUCAGCACCCCUUCCCACCCCUGCAACAAGGACUUGCUUUAAAUAGAUUUCAGCUAUGCAGAAAAUUUUAGCUUAUGCUUCCAUUUUUUUUUAUUUUUUUAAGUUUUGCACUUUUGUUUAGUCUCGCUAAAGUUAUAUUUGUCUAUUAUGACCACAUUAUAUGUGUGCUUAUCAAAAGUGGUCUCAAAAUAUUUUUUUAAGAAAAAAGCAAAAACAGUGUAUUGCUGAUAAUCAGUUUGGACCAUUUUCUAAAGGUCAUUAAAACAGAAGCAAAUUAAGACAGGUUUGACUGCAAUGGUGUCUGGUAUCCAUGUUUUAUUUCUGGGCACAGACGAGUUUAUAUGUUGCUGUGUUUUUAAACAUAUUACCUGUUGGCCAUCUUUUCUCUUAUAUUUUAUUUGAAUGUGCAAUAGUCUGUAGAACACAGAAAGCUCUUAUUAGCUCUCUUCCUAGCAGGGCACACAUUCUUCCAUUGUUGAAGCAUUUCCCCCUUCUUGAUAAUACGAACAUUUUCUUACUUUCUCCUUAUGGAGAUGCAUAGACACUGUCCAAAGGGCUCCAAAAAGGACUCACCAAAACCUUUUUUGAAAUGCCAUUGUCUUUUAACCUUCCAAAAAAAAAAAAAGCGUUUCCUGUUUCCUUCCAGGCAUUUUAAUAAACAUAUUUGGUUCUGAUUUUGGAAGUUCAUAAGAGAGCAUAGAACAAAGCAGAAGAAAACAAAUAUUAGCCUUUUCCAUUUUAUUUUCCUAUGUAUGUUCCUGUUCCAUGUUCAUUAUUUAAGAAAGACUUUUUAUCAGAGAACGUAUAGAGCUAAACCUACAUGGAAUUCUCAAGUAGACGGGCAGGUUAUAUAGUGUAGUAGCUUUCAUCGUCUGACCAUCACAAAUCAGAUUACAUUUCCCGUUUAUAAUAACUUCAGGAUUCAUAGUUUUGAGUUUCUAGUAUCUUUUAUUGUUUUCCAGCAAAGCCUGACAGCUUUAUGUGAAAAACGAUUCCUCUUCCCAUGACCUAACACACUGUGUGGAAAGCUCAUUCGACCACCACGCCAGAUUCCUGUGUAGGAAGGCUUGCUGCCAAACUCAGGACUACGGGGCAGGCUGAGCUACCGUCCUCCCUCCCUAACCUAGUUCUUUGCUAAUCCUGUUUUCAUAGGUUCUCCCUUGCCGGCUUCACAAGAUCUUUGAUUGUGAAGAGCAUUUAUUAUUUAUGUGCUAGUAAAGCAUGCCUUCUAGUGAUGACAUACCCGGAGCUUACUGUGAAGCUCCUUUUGCUUCUUUUGCCCUGAAUGAUCUCCAAAACAACAGUCUCUGUGUCUUUUACUAAAGCACUUUCUGUCAAAUAAGGGGAUUUUCCUAAACAUUGUUUCCUGUCAGUUUGCAAACAGAUUGUGUUUUUUCAGAUUCUCAGAAUUCUUAAUAUCCAUUAUCUGAUUAAGUUUUAAAUUUGGGGGAGGGGAGAGAUAAAAAAAAUUAAGUAUAGAUCUCCAAAUUCCAGAUUGCAGUUCUUAUGUCGUGAUGUCAUUUCUUCAUUUGUAAUCUGUGUCCUUACCAUGGUACUAGGCAGCCCACUUUCCCAGGGCACUGUCCACAACGGUUGUGACCUACUCACUCCUGUGUGAGCCUUCUUUGACCUGCCAUCUGCUGUGCUUCUUUGAUGGGCCACAGUUACCAUUUAUUCAGCUGGAUUGCUGACCAGAGGUCUCAGUUCUUAGGAUUAAGAUUAUCUACCUUGUGCCCAGGACUCUUUUCUCACUGUUGUGUUUUAUUGGCCCUUCUUGUGGUUCCGAUUCUUAAUAUUUAUUUCUGUCUUCCGGCAUACAGUGGUUUUCCAGAUAAUUACUAUCUUUUGUCUGUGUGUCUUUCACUGAUUUCCCUUGUCCAAAUGGCUUUUAAACACAUUUUAGGAUUUUUGUUUUUCAGUUGUGAGAAAACUUUAAAUCAAAAUAAAUUAUAUUCCUCCCAUCUCCAAUUUGAAACAUUGAGAAUAAAUGACCUUUUGAGGUCCAACUGCUAUUUUCCUUUCAGAAAAAUUGUCUUACAUUCUGAUACAGUUUGUAUUAGGGCCAGUCAAUUGUGAAUUUUCCAACAGUCCUUAAUGUUUAAUAAUAAAAUGCUUUAAAAAUUAAUAUGCCAGAUUAAAAGAAAUCUGUGUGUGUAGUUCCCAUCUAAUGCAAAUGUAUUUAAAACAAUUCCUUGAGUGGCUUGAAAAAUAGGAAACGUAGAAAGUAUAGGUCAUUUAAAUAAACUUUGACAUCUGUAAUUUACAGAUGCAGAAGUCCUUUAAUAAAUUACUUGUUAGCUCUAUUUAUCUGAUUCCUGAAACGGCUGAAACUGAAUUCACCACAAAAUUUGACACACAAAAAAAUUAAUUUUGAGCCGGACAUGGUGGUGCACACCUGUAAUCCCAGCACUCAGGGAGGCAGAGGCAUCGGAUCACUGUGCGUUUGAGGCCAGCCUGAUCUACAAAGCAAGUACAGAACAGCCAAGACUGCACAAAGAAACCUUGUCUUGGAAAAAAAGAAUUACCUUUGGGCCCUUUGAAUAAAAGUCAUUUAGUUUAAAAAUCUUUCUCUGGUCAGUAAUAUAAUGUUAAACGCAUCAUAACAGGACAUCAGAGCUGUUAAUCCCUUUAAGAAAGUAUGAGUUGUGGGGAGGUAGUGGAGCAGUGGGAGUGCUUCCUGCCCUCCCCGGGACCCCACUCAGUUCCCAGCAGCUGCGGAGCAGCUCACAGCUUCCACGGGAUCCAGUUCCCUCUUGGCCUCCACUGCGUGCACAUGACCCCACCACCACAUGCACACAUAAUUAAAAAUAAUGAAAGCAAAUCUUAAAAUCCUAAUUGUAUACUAGAACUAAGUAAUGAAAAGAACUUGGUUUGAAUUAUGUAUAGAAUAAAACAACUUAAAUAAGAAUCCUAUAAAAAAAUUUAGUGUAAUUUAAAAAUUUUCCGGUGUAAUUUAAAAAACACUGUUAAUGUAGGAAUUUAUGAAAAGACAUGCUGAAAACUGGCAUGUACAUAUACUGUUUUUUCAUCUUCAGAGCAACCAUAUUACAAUUAAUAUUCAUAGUUUACAAACAAGGAAAUACAAAUUAGAGGAGAUAAUUAACUUUGUCCCAGUUUGAUAUCCAGACAGACCUAGGAUUUUACCCUGGGUCUGUCACUCAUGUCUCUUUCAUACAGCACAGUCUAUGUUCUUCAGUUUAUAGUGGUGAGCCUCGCCUUUGAUGCUGAGCCAUCUCUGCAGCUGGACGGUCCACGUUCUUUAUGAAAGGAUGUGUAAUAACUGUAGUAACUGUCCUCCAGCAGAUCUGUGGUUUCUGGGCAAGCCAAACCCGGUCCCUUAAUGGUCUUAGAAGUUGGGUAAACAUAGUGAGGCCUGUAAUCAUUGCUUAACAGUUACUAAUUCAAUGCAAAAUUAAAGUCUCCUAAUGUCCUUAUAUUGCAGAACUAAAGUAAAAUUUAAGAGAAAAGUGAAGGUAGCUGUGGGAACAGAGACUUCCUAAAGUGAUUCCAUACCAGAUUUGGAAAAAAUAGUUUAAUAUAAAAAUUCAGUCUUCUCAAUCCUUUGACUCCACCUUUAAAAUUCCUGCUUUAACAGUGUUAUAAAACUUGUUAAUCCAGAGAACUAAAUACCUUGUGGAAACAAUACAAGAUUAAUUCCCUUUUUAUAAGGCAGGCCAGUGUGGCUUCCUCACAUGAGUAUAUUUGUUCCCGAAGCUGUGUUGGUUCUAAAUGAGAAAACGGAGAGGGAACUCUGAAAUAGUCUAUCAGUGGAAAUUACCACAGAUUUUGGCAAGUAUUUUUUAUUUAAAUUAGUUCCAAGUGUGACUUGGAACACCUGAUAGGCUGCAGCUGUUGUGCUGCACUUUCAGUCUCUGUUAAUUAGUCAUUUAACAUAGAAAAAUUCAGUAAACAUUUGUUUCCUGUUUCUGUGUGUAUGGACAUUCACUCACUUCUGGAAGUUGAUACUGUAUUAUAUUUUAUAUCAUGUUUUAUAAACCUACGUGUAUAUUCUUACAUGACUGUCCACAGGUUUUUAAAAAUACAUAAUUACCUUAUAUUCUUAACCCCUUAAAAGAUAGAUUCUGCACACAUUCUAGCUGACAUUCCAGACCUGUCGUUCUAGAAAGUGUGUGCCCCCCCCCCCCCCCCGCCCCAGGAAUCUCUUCUAGGCUGUGAUAAUUUCCAGUAUUCACACCCUUAACUAGCAGUGGGUUGUAGUGUUUGGGGGUUUUUGUUUGUUUGUUUUUUAGUUUUGAGCUAUGUAAACUUCAUCCAAAAACUACCUUACAUGAUCUCUUUCUGACUAUGCUCUGUAUGUCAGUCUGGCUUUCUGAGCUACAAGGUUAUUAGCAAAAGGCCUUUCUGCAAGUGUCCACAUUCACACGGGAGGAAAUCCCUUGUGCCCAAAGAGGUGUUAGCGCCUGCAGGUCCUCUCUUCAGGCCCCUCAUGGUUUAGAGCUGACUGGCCCUCCACUGUCUGACUUGCAGUUUUCUUCAUUCCUGUUCUGUCUCUCUUGCUUUGUUUGGAGUCUGUUUCUCGUACCAAGUAGGGAAAAGAGGAUAGAUGAUCAUACUCUAUAAAGCUCUUUGGUCAGCUUCAGGCUUCUCAGUUAACACUUCAGUUCUACAGAUAAAAUUAUUCCACUUCCUUUAGGGUUUUUUUUUUCCUCCUCAAACCUAUUUUAAUUACUUUAUUUAUAUUUAAGAGCACAUAAAAGUUAUAUUCAAAUUAAUUACUUCAGUUAAUUUAUAGCACAAUAGUUGGAUAGAAUUGAGAAUAAAGAUAUUACCAUUUGAUAAUGGAUUUAGUCAUAAGACCACCUGAAAGUCAGCACUUAAUUUUUGUAUUAUCUAACAUUUUCUACUAAAGUGUAUUUUAUGAUUUUAUAUCUGCACAGAUAUAACUAAAAAGCCAUGCAUACAUAGUUGUGUAUCAUUUUUCAUUAAACUCUAACCUAUGUUACAGUGAGUUUUAGUAUUAUGAUUGAGCCACAACAAAUAUUGUACAUUUCUCUUUAUCAGAUACUGUAUUAAACACUAAAUGCAAAAUUAACUUUCAAAAGGAGACCCUACAAAAAUCAGGUAUUAUCCAUGGAUAUUUUUGUAUUUUUGUAGACCACUUUUGAAAUGCUUACAUUGUUUUUGCAGCAUAGACUGGACUAAAACAAUUUUCAUUUUAACUUUUAAGUAAUUAAGAUUGGGUGUUUGCAUAGAAAGGAAAUCUUUAAAAUUUAUCUCAUAGCGCGUAGAUUUGAAAAUAAGUAUUUGAGAAGCUAUCCUAUGUGUUAAGUUUAUGCCCGAAAUAAAUCUAUUAAAUCUUUUUAAAAAUUCUAAUUUUGUUAUUACUGAAGUUUGUGGUGUUUCUAGCGAACGUUGUAAACAUACACAUUCAUUUGUAAUACUUAGUUUGCAGCCCAUAUUAAAAUCUGGAGCAGAAAGAAUCUUUAGAACUAAAUUGCUUCAUUAGGAUGUCCAGUUUGUAACUGAAUUUUAAAGAAAAUUGACUGUACUUGAAAUUACAACUUGACUGGUUUUUUUCCUUUUUAAAAGGUUUUCCCCCUCAUUUUGUUUGUGUUUUAAAUUUCAGAAACAUCUUGAGGUUUAGAAUCACUUCUAGACAUAGUAUUACUUAAAAACUCAGGGCCCCUUUCAUCCAUCUGUUUGUACACUGAAAAGUUCAGUUGCCAGCCAACAAGCAAUUAGGUCUAGUUGAAUAUUAAAAAGUAUGUUGCAUAGAAAUGUUUCAUCAUAUUAUUUGACCUAAUUCACAUCAACAUGAUACUUGAUUUCAUUAAUCAUGAAAACUUGCCCAGUUCUGUAAUUACUGAAUAGAAGGAAUGACUCAACUAAUUGGCCACAAGUUACAGCAGAUUUAAGCCUUGGAUUUAAAGCACUGGCUUUAACACUUCUGUCCUUGCUUCUGUGCUUAUCCCUGAUGGGGCAAAUGUUCCAUUCUGUUUUGUUCUUUAAUGGCAGAGCUUAGGAAGGGUAAUUCUGAGCUAGAAUUAUCUAAAGAGAUAAUUAGCAUCAUAGGACUUUCUGAAAGUGAGCUGAUGGCUGCAGCUUUAGUGACCGCUCGAAGGCUUUGAGAAGGUAAGCUGUGGUGACCAGCUUUCCACACUGAUCAGAGCCAAACAGUUUUUCUUCGAGUCAGACAGACUCAAGCUCUACUUGGUCUGCUGUAUGUUUAAACCUUAGCAGUGAAGUUUUUGUAAUCAAGUCUCUUGUCUCAGGCUCCCUACCUUGUUAUCAGUCUUAAGUAUACAAAAGAAACAUUUGUAAAGAUGUGUAAGAGUAAGAAAACUAAUGAUUUAAAAAAAUGCAAUUCAGAGCAGUUAGGUUUCAAUUUAAUAUUAAGUUGCUUCACUUUUGUGGCUAUUUUUUUCCUGGUAACAUUUAUUUAUUUAAGCAAUGUUGUAUGCCUUGUCUUCAUUUUUAUAGAGAUUGUAUUGUAAAAGUGUUUGUGUAAGCUGGAAUCAUCCUUAAUUUUCUGUUGCUAAUUUUUCAAAUGAAUUUACAUGGAUAACUGUAAAAUACACUAACUCUUAGUAUGUUAUAGCUGAAACAUGGAGAUGUGUAGCUGCCGUGCUUUUUCUGAGUGGACAGGAGAAACACAAGCUACCGAGUAUUCAUUUCUGAGGGGCUUUAGAGAAAGCAAGGCUGACAAUACAGGCACUUCCUCAGAACCCUCUUUCUUGUUAACGGGUAUCUUUUGUUGGUGUGUUUUGCUCUUACAUUACAGCUAGAAUAUCGUGUGUGAAAUUUAUGAGUAAUUUCAGUUAUUUUGCUUUUGUACAAGCCAUCUGAGACCUUGCUAUGCUGUAUAAGCUGUGUUUGAUGGAGCAGUGUGAGUAUGAAAUAAAGCAGAUCACUUUCCUUUUGUAUUAUCUAUGGAUGCCACUAUGAACGCUGACGUUAAGCCACUAAAGAGUUUUCUAUGAAUAAGUGUAAGUAAAUGCUUUGAUAUAUAUAAACCUAAAUAAAAAGAUUGUAUUGAGACAGAGACAUUGGCAAAGGAAGUUUUAAGGCAGUUCUUUAGGUUUAAAAAGGCUUGCUGUAAAAUGGUGCAUUAUUCCAUUUAUUAAAGAUCAUAUUAAUGACAA